AUGAUGUACCUCCUGCUUGCCCUGGGCCUGGCCCUCACGUGUGGCACCCAGGCUGUCAGCGUCAUCCAGACUAUGGAGGGCCUGGACAUCCAAAAGGUGGGGGGCACGUGGCACUCCAUGGCCAUGGCAGCCAGUGACAUCUCCCUGCUGGACACCGAGAGCGGCCCCCUGAGAGUGAGCGUGGAGGAACUGAGGCCCACGCCCCGGGGCGACCUGGAGAUCAUCCUGCAGAAACGGGAGAAGGACGGGUGUGCUAAGGAGAAAAUCAUCGCAGAAAAAACCAAGAUCCCUGCUGUGUUCAAGAUCAACUCCCUGGGUGAGAAUAAGAUCUUCGUGUUGGACACCGACUACAGGAACUACCUGCUCUUCUGCAUGGAAAACACCGCCGACCCCGGGCACAGCCUGGCCUGCCAGUACCUGGGCAGGACCCUGCAAGUGGACGAUGAGGUCAUGGAGAAAUUCAACAGAGCCAUCAAGCCCCUGUCCAUGCACAUCUGGCUCUCCUUCAGCCCAACCCAGCUGGAAGGGAACGGGGCUCUAGCCUCUGACAGUGCAGCAACUGGUGGCUUCCAGCUGGACUCGGCCAAAGGGAGGCCCCCCAGGCAGCAGGAUCGAGAGUCUGGGGUGCUCACCCCCCACUGCCCCUCCCUUAGGCUGCACCUCAGCCAUGCUGUGUCCUUCUUGGGGGCCCUGCCUACACCUGCAGCCCAGAGUCCACCACCCGCUCCCCGAGGCCCCCGAAGCCAGGGCAGUAACACCUCCCUUGUGGGUUCCGCCUAA